AGAUGGCAGCCUUCGUAGGGGCUCCCCUCUGAUUGGCAGGGGCUAUGACUACAAGAUGAGCGUCCACAAUACAAACGGCCGGCCGUUCGAUGGAGGAAGCUCAGGCAGCGGACGGGGCCGAAGGUGUUUCGGAGAGCAGGAAGCGUUUCCCUGGACUCCAGGCCCUGUUCCCUGAGUUCUGCCCUCGGAUGUCCGACCGCCCAGAGCCUGCAUGCGCCGUGGGGCGCCCCAGGACCAGGAGCUGGUGGGUGCAGGGGCCCCUGGGCGGGGGUCCCGCAGUGCCCCUCCUCCCUCGGGACCCGUGGUUCCGGUCCUCGUCUUCCCCCCGGAUCUAGUGUUCAGGGCUGACCAGCGGAGCGGGCCCCGACAGCUGCUGACCCUGUAUAACCCCACAGGAACUGCGCUUCGCUUCCGAGUCCUGUGCACAGCACCUGCCAAAUACACGGUGUUUGACGCGGAAGGCUACGUGAAGGCUCAGUCCUGCAUUGACAUUGUGAUCCGCCAUGUGGCCCCCAUCCCCAGCCACUACGACGUGCAGGACCGCUUCCGCAUUGAGCUGUCGGAGGAGGGGUCUGAUGGCCGAGUGGUGGGGCGCAAGGACAUCACCUCCGUUCUCAGACCCCCGGCGCGGCCCCUGGAGCUUCAGGGACCACCUGACCCGCCGCCCCAACAGGGACCUCCUGCCUGGACAGCAGCCACCCUGGCCAGACCCUUCCCAGAGGGGCGGCCAGCCACUGAGGAGCCUUGUCCCCCAGCGCCCCGGCAGCAGCUGGCCACCAGCUCCUUCCUACUCUUCCUGCUCACCGGCCUAGUGUCGGUGGCCUUCCUGCUGCUCCCGCUGCAGGACCAGCUUGGCAGUCAGCUGCCCCAAGUCCUGCACGUGUCCCUGGGACAGAAACUGGUGGCAGCCUACGUCUUGGGCCUCCUCACCAUGGUGUUUCUCCGGACCUGAGCCCCCAGGUGGGGCCUGGAGACAGCCACUGUGUUGCUCCCACCUUGCCUCGGCUCUCUCCUCUUCCUCCUCCCUGGCUGCCUUCUCCCUCCAUUCCUAAAAGGAAAAAAA